AUGUUUUGUAAUUGUGCUGUAGGGUUUAGUGGCCACCUACGUUCAGCUAUUACUCCUCUCUCCAGAAGCCGAAACCCUCUGCAGCUUCUGUUUUCUUCUCCUCUUCUUGUUUGCACUUUUCGCUCUCCCAAUCAAGGCUUCUCCAACGGCAAUAAUGGCCGAAACUUCAUUGAUCCAAACGGAACCUCCGAAUCCGUUGGAUCCUUCGACCAGUGCCAUCACUCCCUUGCCGAGAAAAAUAGUAUUUAUUCCCGUAAAGAAGCCCUUCCCGGGUUUCUCCCACGAUUUCCCCAUCGAAACCCUAAACCCUUCCUCCUCUGCCUCCGAACCUGGAACCUCCGGUUCCGCCCCCAAGAAACACGACGCAUCCGAAUUUUCCGAGUACGGCUUGGAUCCGGAGCUCAGCUUCGGGAUUACCUUCCGCAGAAUAGUGAGUCCUAUUUCGUUUCAGAAUUUGAGAUUAUGCCUAGGUUGCGCUUAAUUCGGAAUGGAGCUGGAUUGCGAAAUCUGGGGAACACCUGUUUUCUCAAUUCAGUACUGCAGUGUUUGACGUAUACAGAGCCUCUAGCCGCGUAUCUGCAAAGUGGGAAGCAUAAAACUUCAUGUCACGUUGCUGGAUUUUGUGCUCUGUGUGCUAUACAAAAUCAUGUUAGUCGUGCACUGCAAUCAACUGGGAGAAUAUUAUCCCCAGAGGAUCUGGUUUGCAAUCUACGAUGCAUAUCACGGAAUUUCCGAAAUGCAAGGCAGGAGGAUGCACAUGAGUAUAUGGUGAACUUACUUGAGUGUAUGCAUAAAUGUUGCCUCCCUUCUGGAGUACCAACUGAAUCACCUGGUGCUUACGAGAAAAGUUUUGUUCAUAAAAUCUUUGGUGGUCGUCUCAGGAGUCAGGUGAAAUGCCACCAGUGUUCUUAUUGCUCCAACAAAUUUGAUCCUUUCUUAGAUUUAAGUCUUGAAAUAUUCAAGGCAGAUUCAUUGCAAAAAGCACUUGCAAAUUUCACGGCUGCAGAAUGGUUGGAUGGAGGGGAGAGGGAGUACCAUUGUCAACGAUGCAAACAGAAAGUUAGGGCUCUCAAACAGUUAACAAUUCAUAAGGCACCUUACGUGCUUACUAUUCACUUCAAGCGGUUUCAUGCACAUGAUCCUGGACAAAAGAUUAAAAAGAAGGUUCAAUUUGGCUGUGCACUGGACUUGAAACCUUUUGUCAGUGGCUCAUAUGAUGGAGAUGUGAAGUACUCUUUAUAUGGGGUCCUGGUUCAUUCUGGUUCCAGCACUCAUUCUGGACACUAUUACUGUUAUGUUCGCACCUCAAAUAACAUGUGGUAUACUUUGGAUGAUAACCGGGUAAGUCAUGUCAGUGAGAGGGAAGUUUUAAAUCAGCAAGCAUACAUGUUGUUUUAUGUUCGUGACAGAAAAAGUAUUGUUUCAAGGAAGUCUGUUGACAUUGCUAAGAAGGAAAGUAUUAAGAAUAAUGUGAACGGAAUUAAAGAGUCUUCAACUUUAUGCAAUGUAUUGAAGGAAUGUCUAAAUGUCCCUGGGGAGAAUAAAUUUUGUACUGAACCUUUUUUGACUGCUGAAGCUGGGAAGAGAAUGUCAAAUGAUGAUGACUCAUCAAGAGCCUCUUCUAUGAAGGAUGAUCAAGUUAUGCAAAAGCAUAGUGACAUGUUAGGCGAAAAUCUGAUGCAAAGUAAAAAACAUGGAUCUGAACAUUCUUCCAAGGCACAGACACAGGACUCACCAGAUGGACUCUCUGUAGCCAAAUCAGAACUUGGAUGCUUGUCAUCAUUUGAUCACUCUGGAAAAGAUGAUAGUGUCCCUCAUAAUCUGAAAUGUUUAGCUGCUCCAGUUGGAGAAAAAAAAAUUUGGAGCAAUGACAAUCCUCUCUCUAAAGAAGACGGCAACAGAGCAUCAGUGCCAUCAUCCACUAAUCCCCAGACUUGUGAACUUGCUACUAACGGAAAAUAUCAUUCUUUGAAGCUUGGAACAUCUGCAACUGGUUUCGUGUGUGAGCAAGAAAGCAGUGCGGUCCAUGGAGAUCCUGUUGGUUCUCAGGGUCUGGUUCUUAACGAGUCAGUAGAUAUAUCUUUGAAUUCAGAAAGUAUUGUUCGAAAGCCUGUGAAAAAAUCGAAAAAGAAGUUCCUGAAGUAUCAGGUAGCUAAAAUGUAUCCUCGUCCAAUAUUCCUUUACAUGACAUACUUGGGCCCACAGAAGAAGAAUCGCAAAAAAAGUAAACGUCUCAUUCUGAGUAAGAAAAAUCCAAGCAAAGACAACUUGGAUAAGCUUGCUUUCUCAUCAGAAGAUUCCAAACCAUUUACACUUGGAAAAACUGUUGAACUUCCUCAUGUAUCCGAUGGUUCUGAAAGUAAAGCAACAAGGCCUGGUGCUAAUGUUAAAUCUAAUGGUGAAUCUCUGAUAAAAAACGGUGCUGAAGGGGAAUUUAGGAAGAGAAUUGAUCAUAACUGUGCUGUGCUUGCAUCAAUGACUCAAAUUGAAAGUAUAUCUGGGAGUGGUUCAGCAGCAAGUCAAUUUAAACCUAGACAUGCUGCUAAUGUACGAGAUAGUAGAAGAGACCAAAUGCAUAAUGGUUUAAUGAGUAUGCUUACCCGAGGUUUGGAGGAGACAGUUGUUGCACGAUGGGAUGAUAUAGAAAUAUCAUCAUCACAGCCUAUGGAGUCAAAGAAUGACAAGAUUGUCAGAAUUGGAUUUGUUGGGGAUGAAUGGGAUGAAGAGUAUGACAAAGGAAAGAGGAAAAAGAUAAGAGGCUUCAAACAUAGUUUUGGUGGACCAAAUCUUUUUCAAGAAAUUGCUAUAGAGAAAUCAAAGUUGAAAAGGGCAAAGUUGGAUCAAUCUUGUUCAGGGAAUCCUCCAUUUAGGAUAUGA